AUGGCUUCAUUGAUGCAUUUCAACUUAGUUGCUACUAUUUUUCUCUUUUUCCUCAUACCACUUGAGGCCACUACUCGCCACCAACACCAGCACCAUCAUCAUGGACUCAAAUCUCUCCAUUUUUCACUUUACCAACAUGAAACCAUAAACAAGACCGGUUUCUUUAUUGUAAACGGAGUAACAGGGCCUCCAGUUAGCCAGACCACGACUCCAUUUGGGACCCUGUUUGUCUUUCAGGAUCCCUUAACGCUCAAACCAAACUAUACUUCCAAAGUUGUUGGAAGAGCCGAAGGAACCUCAAUAACUUCUGGACUAGACGGUCUUCGAAGCAUCUCUAUUGCUAAAAUCACUAUGAAUGUGAAAAAACACAAAGGGUCAAUAUCCAUUGUUGGUGGUACUCAUAACAUCAAGCCUUCAAAUCACCCUGUUGUUGGGGGCACUGGUGAUUUUUUGUUUGUUCAAGGUUAUGUGACGUCAUCUCCAGUUGAUCUGGUAGGAAUAACCGUUACUUACAAGAUUGAGUUUCAUCUUUAUUGGCCUCCUUAUGCAUCUUUGAAGGCAUAAAGCUUUUACAAUAGCAGAUUCUUGAACGUCUGGCUUCGUAUUUCUAUUUCAGAUAGAAGGAUCAUUAC